GUAGGAGACGGGUGGGACCAGCGCCAUUUCGUGCUGACUGCUUUUAUAGACAGAUCUGUAUAUCGGGGGGAACAGCCUAACGGCUGUUUAUAGAAACCAACCACGUAUUCGAAUACCAGAGUACGGGCGCCCAAACCUUCUGUGUGGAGACCACCAAAGAUGGGCUCCGAUAAACGUGUAAGUCGCAGUGAACGCAGCGGAAGGUAUGGCUCAGCAUUUGAUAGAGAUGACCGGGAUGAUCGAGACGGCAGGAGUCGCCGCAGAGAUUCUGACUACAAGAGAUACCGGGAUGAUCGCAAUGACAGAUAUGAUGAUUACCGGGACUAUGACAGCCCUGAACGGUUUUCCUGUGUCGGCCUUCAGCGUGACAGAGAUCGUGAGCGGGAGAGACGUAACAGCGACCGCUCUGAAGAUGGUUACCAUUCUGACAGUGAAUACCUGGACCAGGACUACCGCAAUGACUAUUAUAUGGAUGAAAAAGAAAGCAAGACUAUCAUGUUAAGAGGACUUCCCAUAAACAUCAGUGAGAAUGAUAUACGGGAACUAGUUGAAUCAUUUGAAGGCCCUCAGCCUGCUGACGUACGGCUAAUGAAGAGAAAGACAGGUUUAAGCCGCGGUUUCGCCUUCGUGGAGUUUUAUCACUUGCAAGAUGCUACCAGCUGGAUGGAAGCCAAUCAGAAGAAGCUUGUAAUCCAGGGGAAGAAUAUUGCAAUGCAUUAUAGCAACCCACGCCCUAAGUUUGAAGAUUGGCUGUGUAGCAAGUGUGGUCUCUACAACUUUCGACGAAGACUAAAAUGUUUCCGCUGUGGGGCAGCAAAGACCGAUUCUGAAGUAGAAGCCCCUGCUGGUGCCUCUGAGGCUGCACAGUCUGUGAAUUACAACAGUGACAGUGGCUAUGUAUCCUCAGCCAUAAUCCUGCGAAACAUUGGCCCUCACACUGUGGUGGACUCCAUUCUCUCUGCACUCGCCCCUUAUGUUUCACUUGUCGUCAGCAACAUCCGACUUAUAAAGGACAAACAAACCCAGCAGAACAGAGGCUUUGCUUUUGUGCAGCUGCCUUCGUCUUUGGAGGCAGCACAGCUUUUGCAGAUCCUACAGACUCUUCAUCCACCUCUCAAAAUUGAUGGAAAAACUAUUGGCGUAGAUUUUGCUAAAAGUGCCAGAAAAGAUUUAGUGCUGCAAGAUGGACACAGAGUCAGUGCUUUCUCCGUGGCAAGUACAGCUAUUGCAGCAGCACAGUGGUCCUCAACACAGCAGGCUCAACAGAGUGGUGACAGUACAGAAUAUGGAUAUGUGCCGCCAGGGCAAGAGGGUUAUGGACCUUAUGGACAGUACUCCCAAGAGUAUCAGCAGUAUUACCAGCAGGGGGGAGCUACAGAGCCUGGCGCAGUGACACCUGCAGAUGGUUCGUCGCCUCCAACCCCUUCUACCACUGCAGCUGUUGUAUGCCAGAGCCCACAGCUCUACCAACAACCUGGGUCCCCGACUCAACCAAGUACCAGUGCCACAGCCAGUACUAGCACUCCUGCAAAUGCAACUACUGGCACCGAGGACGUGGCUCCUCCAAAUGCCAUCAUUCCAGGAGUAAAAUACUCUGUGCCAGAUACAUCCACAUACCAGUACGAUGAGUCCUCUGGCUAUUACUAUGAUCCACAGACUGGGCUCUAUUAUGAUCCCAAUUCUCAGUAUUACUACAACUCCCUGACCCAACAAUAUCUGUACUGGGAUGGAGAAAAGCAGACAUACCUGCCAGCAUCUGAUGCAUCAGCUCAAAGUGGUACUCAAGCUAAUGGUGCACCCAUGAACCCCACUAACUCCAAAGAGGGGAAAGAGAAAAAGGAGAAACCCAAGAGCAAAACUGCACAACAGAUUGCUAAAGAUAUGGAACGCUGGGCUAAGAGUUUGAACAAACAGAAGGAAAAUUUCAAGAACAGCUUCCAGCCUUUAAGUUCCCGUGAUGAGGAGAGGAAAGAGUCUGCUGCAGCUGAUGCUGGAUUUGCCUUGUUUGAGAAAAAGGUUGGGCUGGCAGCUGAAUAUGCAAUGCAGCAGGGAUCGCUGCUGGAGAGGCAACUGAUGCCAGACAUGAUGAUGAUGAUCAGCACUGAAGAAGAAAGGCCUCCUAAGCGGGCAUUGGUUGCCGCUUACAGUGGUGACAGUGACAAUGACGAAGAGCCAGAGAGACAACUGGGAACAGUAGAUGAGGAGAAGCUGACUGACUAUAAAAAGAUGGCAUGCUUACUUUGUCGGAGACAGUUCCCAAACAAAGAUGCCCUGACUAGACACCAGCAGCUGUCAGACCUACACAAGCAAAACCUGGAUGUGUACAGGAGAUCAAAGUUGUCUGAGCAGGAUCUGGAAGCUCUGGAACAGAGGGAGAGGGAGGCAAAAUAUAGAGACCGGGCGGCCGAAAGGAGAGAGAAAUAUGGCAUCCCUGAACCUCCUGAACCCAAACGCAAGAAGCAGUUUGAUCAUGCAGUCAUAAACUAUGAGCAGCCCACAAAAGAUGGCAUUGACACUAGCAAUAUAGGGAACAAGAUGCUUCAGGCCAUGGGUUGGAAAGAAGGCUCAGGGCUGGGUCGCAAAAGUCAAGGAAUAACUGCGCCUAUUCAGGCUCAAGUUAGAAUGCGGGGAGCUGGCUUGGGAGUAAAGGGCAGUUCAUAUGGUACAGACCCUGCAAAUACAUACAAGGAUGCUGUGCGGAAAGCCAUGUUUGCACGGUUUACGGAGAUGGAAUGAACUUGCACAACACCAGGAGAUAUCUAAACAACCCUGUAAUCACAGCUCUGGGUUGGCUAUGCUGUCCCUGUAGCUUGGCAAAGGACAAUUCCCAGAAGGUGUCUGCAGACCUCUGUGAGAAAUCAGGCACCUUCAUCUGUAAAUAUGUAGCAAUAUAUAUUUGUACAGUGUAAAUAUUUUUUUGUUUUGUGAACAAACUUUAAGUAUAGUUUCUAAAAAAAAAUUUUUGGUGUCACAACAGUCUUCUGUAUGAAGUGCAGUGUACAAGUUCCUUAUUCACAAGAACACAAUCCAGGAUAUGCACCAAUUUUUUUCCCAAGAUAUUCAUGAAUUCCAGGACAUGUGUAUAAGAAGUCCUCUUUUACAGCUCUUCAAUCUUUAUCAGUAGAAAUUGCCAGGGCAUGUGGUCUGCCCUCACUUUAUAUGUAGAAAACUUUGUACAGGAUUGUUUUGUCUUUUACUUUCCUUCCAUUAAAUAAAUUUGAGAGCAAAAAAAAAU